CACUCUCCUUCCUCCGUCCCCUCCUGCAAGCAUGCUGUGAUCCUCAGCUACUUGGUUACCAAAACCGAGAGCUUAAAGGACUUUCCCCCCUCUUUUUUUGUCUACCAUCCAUCCAGACGUUUACUGAGCGGAUUUUACAGGACCACUCGGUUUUCUGGGGGGCUAUGCUGCUGGGCUGGUGAGUCUGGAGAGAAUCGAUGAAACCAUACCACAGGUAAAGGAGGUUUUUACGACGCUGCGGUACAGCUGAUCGAACACUUUGAGCGGUGACUCAACGCUCCGAGCUUCUUUUUUACCGAGUUAAAGGAGAUACUGACGCUAACUUUGGGACAACUAACUCGAGUUUCUGCACGAAUUGAAAUAAAAAACCGCAAUUAUUUCCGACUCAUGAGGAGGAUGAGACCUUUUUUCUUUUGCGCAAGGAGCAAAUCAGCGCUUUUCUGCCACUUGCUCCGUCUUGACAUGUCUUUUUGUGGGAUUACACGCGGACCAAUGAGCAUUGUGAGAGGCCGAACUGGAUUGUGAGAUUACCACCUUUUGCCUUUUUUUUUAAAAUUUAUUAUCAUUAUCCGUCUCUUCGAAGAGGAAGUGCACCGUUUAUUCAAUGGCUUCAGUGUCCAGGUCGGCGAGGCGCAAAGAUGCCGGUCACUGGCCGAAAAUGUCGUCAACUUUCUGGGCAGUGGUGCUUCUGACCGCGCUGCUGCUCAUCUACUGCGGCCAGCUGGCAGCGGGGACGUGUGAGAUUGUGACGCUGGACCGGGACAGCAGCCAACCACGGCGGACCAUCGCCAGGCAGACGGCCCGCUGCGCCUGUAAGAAGGGCCAGAUCGCCGGGACUACAAGAGCCAGACCCGCCUGUGUGGACGGAUCCAAGAAAAACAACCUUGUUUUCAACAGUGAUAACGUUAUUUUCUGA